AUGGUGAUUCCCAGCACCAGAAAGGGGCAUGCUGCAUCUCGUGACAAUUUUGGCAAUUCCAAUCAUCAUGGAGACGAGAUUGUGCAUCGUCUACACAAUGGCAGACGUUCAGAGGUGGAAGAAGUGAAGCCGGAUCUUGUUUCGGGGGCUGGUGAUACGGUGAUCAAGUUGAACAUUGGAGGAACUUCAUUCAGAAUCAGAGUGGCUAGUAUAUUCGCAAGAUCUGCGGAUGAGAAAUUGUCCGCGUUUGCUCAGUUGACUCAUGAACAGAGACUCCAAGCUUGUGAUGCAUUUCUCAUGCCCCAAGAAGAGUACUAUUUUGAAAGGUCUGCUAUCCUCUUCGACUCGAUUUUCAAAUACUACAUAUCGGGCCAACUGCACCGACCGCUUGAUGUAUGUCCCACAGAGUUUGCCACAGAACUUGCCUACUGGAAGAUAAACGACGGACUUAUGUCCAACUGCUGCUGGAGAGGAUACAAUAUGAGCGCAUCACUCGAGGAACUCGUUGCGCCAAAGGAGAAAAAAAUCGAGCUACACGAUCGCUCAUUGCGGUCACGAAUUCAUCAGUUCUGCGAAGGGGACGGGUCACUAUUCUCGACAUUGUUCACCUUUGGAAGUAUCACAUUUGUGCUUAUCAGUGUAAUCGGAUUGGUUCUGGGAUCCAUUCAUGAGUUGCAGGUCCCAAUUUACAAAACAGGCGGAAAAUCGGAAAGAAUCAGCAACUGGACGAUUGUGGAAAAUGAGAACGUUAUCUGGGAGCCACAUCCGAUUUUUGGUUACGUUGAAACUAUUUGCAUCAUCUGGUUCACGGUUGAGUUUGUUGUUCGUCUCGCUGUUACUCCGAACAGAUUCCAAUUCUUGGUGGGGAUCAUGAACAUUGUUGAUAUGAUCGCCAUUAUUCCAUUUUAUCUCGAGUUGGGUCUCGCAUUGUUUGGAAUUGAUGUUGCUAGUCUUAGUGAUAUCAAGGGAGCAUUAUUGGUGGUCCGAGUACUCCGUGUUCUUCGUGUCGUUAGAAUUUUGAAGCUCGGACGGUACUCAUCUGGAAUGCGUACAUUCGCGUUGACCCUGAAAAGUUCUGCUCGUCAGUUGGGGAUGAUGGGAAUGGUUCUUUCCACUGGAGUUGUCUUCUUCUCCACUCUUCUCUAUUUCGUUGAGAAAGACGAAAAAGAUACUCCAUUUACUUCUAUCCCAGCUGCGUUCUGGUGGGCAAUUGUGACAAUGACUACUGUGGGAUACGGUGACUAUGUGCCCGUGACAGUUCCUGGAAAGCUAAUUGCAAGCGGUGCCAUCAUUAGUGGAGUCUUGGUAUUGGCUCUUCCUAUCACUAUCAUUGUUGAUAACUUUAUGAAAGUGUCCGGAAAUGUGAAUGCCAACAUCUUCUCAUCUGCAAACCAACGACCCAUUGAUGUUCCGGAAUGA